CGCCCCGUCACCAUGAGACAUCCGGGUCUUCUAGCGCGUCGCCCGUGGAUAUGCACUCAAUGCAGCACCAGCGCCCGUUAUUUCUCGGUCGCGACAUCCAGGGCCGCUGCUCAGCGCGGCUCCAAGAAAUCCAACCUCCCCGACUCGCCCGCCAGGACUCGGUUUGCGCCCUCGCCCACCGGUUACCUGCAUCUGGGAUCUCUGCGGACGGCUUUGUUCAAUUAUCUUCUGGCUAAGCGGACCGGAGGCCAAUUUCUGUUGCGAAUCGAGGAUACGGAUCAGAAACGGACGAUUCCUGGCGCCGAACAGAGGUUGUACGAAGAUCUAGAAUGGGCUGGAUUACACUGGGAUGAAGGCCCUACCAUCGGAGGUCCUUACGGUCCGUACCGGCAGUCCGAGCGAACUGCCAUCUACCGCACUCACACCCACGAUCUCAUCAACAACGGCCACGCCUACCGAUGCUUCUGCUCCGCCGAUCGACUGGACGCCUUCGCGAGACAUCGCAGCCAGGCCGGACUACCUCCGGGUUACGAUCGAAAAUGCGCAGACAUCACCGCCGAGGAAUCCGAAGAACGCGCAGCCAAUGGAGAAACGCAUGUGGUCCGUCUGAAGGUGGAAGGAUACCCGAUGUUCGACGAUCUGGUCUAUGGCAAGACCGGACAAAAUCGCUCGCCCAACAAACUGGACCUGAUCGAGCGGGUGUACGAUGACCCCAUUCUGCUGAAAUCGGACGGUCAUCCAACUUAUCACCUUGCCAAUGUGGUCGACGACCAUUGCAUGAAGAUCACCCACGUCAUUCGAGGAACCGAAUGGAUGCCCUCGACGCCUCUACAUGUUGCGCUAUACAAUGCCUUCAAGUGGACACCGCCUCGGUUCGGCCAUGUGCCUCUGCUGGUGGACAAGUCUGGCCAGAAGCUCAGCAAGCGCAAUGCCGACAUCGACUUGACCUACUUCCAGGACAAGCAGGGCGUUUUUGCCGCGACGCUGGUGAACUUCGCCGCUCUCUUGGGAUGGUCUCACACCCAAAAGUCGGAUAUCUUUAGCUUGGCAGAGCUGGAACAGAUCUUCAACCUCAAAAUCACCCGCGGUAACACCGUCGUCGCCUUUGAGAAGCUCUGGUUCUUGCAGAAGGCGCAUGCUCAACGAUUUGCCGCAACUGGCGGUCCUGAAUUCGAAGAGAUGGUGUCUAGAGUCACCAGAGUCGUCGAAGACACCUACCCAGCCGCUCAACUCUCGCCAAUCCUCCAGUCGCGCCCAAUUUCCGAAUACAUCACGCCCCUCCUCCAGGCCGACGCCAAAUCCUUUACCAACGCUACUGAAUUCACCCACCGCAAUGCUACAUUCUUCACCACCGCUCUCACCAGGCCCCCAUACACAUCUACAGCCACCAACCCCAACGGCCCAGACACAAUCCCCAUCUCCACCCUCCACACGGCCGCCGCAGCACUCAGCCUCGUCCCCGAACCCCACUGGACCAUCGAAACCCACCGCUUCAAUAUCUCCUCGUACGAUGGCGCACAGACAGAAUCCAACCCCGACCUCACCGAAGAGGAGCAGCGCAAAGCGCGCGUCGCUGCCGACAAGGCUUUCAAGAAGGAACUGUACCAUUAUCUCCGCUGGGCCUUGUCCGCGUCCGCCCCGGGGCCCGGGAUUCCGGAGACGAUGGCCAUCCUCGGCCGGGCCGAGUCGGUCCGUCGACUGCAGGAGGCGAAGGAGUUGACGUCGGAGCUGAGCUCGGCGUCGAGGCCCAAAGCUCAAGGGAAGCCGAUGCAGACGGAGGAUAAGUCGUGGAUGGGAUCGUUGGCUUCGUGAUCGUGGUCAGAAUCAGUCCUGGUCAUUGAUUUGACCUCAAUCUGUACAUUAUUUGUCAUACUAAAGGUAUAAAA